AUGGAGAGUGAUUGUAGCAAAUUCGUCCAGAAAUGCCACAAGUGUCCGAUUCAUGGAGACUUGAUAAAGGUUCCUCCAACAGAACUAAAUGCAAUGACAUCGCCUUGGCCAUUCGCCGCUUGGGGCAUGGACAUCAUAGGGCCAAUUGAGCUGGCAGUGUCAAACAAAAACCGCUUCAUUUUGGUCGCCAUAGAAUACUUCAUCAAGUGGGUGGAAGCAGCAUCGUAUGCAUCAUUAACAAAGAAAGUAGUCUUAGAUUUUGUGCGCAACAUCAUAUGUCGAUUUGGCAUCCCAGAAUCAGUCAUAACAGACAAUGGGGCUAAUCUGAACAGCCACCUGAUGAAAGAGAUAUCUGAUCAAUUCCAAAUCAAUCAUCGGAAUUCAACUGCAUACUGA